GUCGGACUAGUUCUAGGAAGUUGCUAGAUAGCUGAAAGUGAAACCGCGGGUACUGUAUUAGUGGGUAUGGCUGCUGAUGAUAACCAGCUAGAUAGUCAAUGUACUGCUUUGUUAACAUGAUGUUACCAUGGACUGAAGGAGCUAGCUAGCCGUAUUCCGAUAAAUUUAGAAACCCUUGUAGCUGAAUGUCCAGCGCAAUGUUACGAGUCGGAAACACUGUCGCCGGCAUGGCCUGCAAGAUCCUGGUACCCACCCGUGUAGGUGUGAGGUUCCGUCUGCCCUUACAGAAACUGCACCCGUUUUCCCGAGCCAUCCAUCACCGCUACUCUACCAACGCUAACCCUCGCUGCCCCACUCACCGCUCGGCCGCCCGUCACUACACUUCCCUGUCUCGCCCUCCUGUGCGUUCUGCACGGCUUCCCUCCGGGGGACAUGGAUAUCAGCAGCGUCGCACCUUCUGGGUGGCCCAGUUGGCCACAAGGCUCCUGAGACUGCGCUAUCUCGUACUGGGCUCUGCCGUGGGAGGAGGGUACACUGCCAAAAAGACUUAUGAAGAAUGGAAGGACAUGAUUCCAGAUUUCAGUGAAUACAAGGCGCUAGUGCCGGAUUUCAUCCGAGAACUCAAUGAACGUAUCGACUUAGAAAAACUCUCCAAGGCUCUCCCCGAUGGCGAGGAACUGGCCAAGAUGCUGCCUGACCUGUCGAAGAUUGGCGAGAACUUCUCCUUCCUCAAGGACCUCUUCUCCAAGGGUGUGGGUAGUGAGGUCACUGAAGCUACUGGCCUACAUGUGUUAGAGUCUUCUGAAGAACCUGCACUGCCCCCUCCAGAAAGCCAUGUACCAGAAAACGCUGAUAAAAAGGCGGUGCUGGAAGAGCUCAUUCUCGUUCAGCAGCAGGUCAGGCAGCAGGAGGAGGAGGAGGCGCCGAAGCCGCCAGUCGAGAGUCCCGCCCCAAGCCCCGCGCUGCACAAGCGCAAGGGUGCUGAUAAAGAAAAGGCGGAACUCCUGCAAGAGGAACUGCUGUUUACACAGAUGAAGUACCAGCGUAUGCUGGAGCGUCUGGAGAAGGAGAACAAGGAGCUGAGGAAGGAGGUCCUGCUGAAGGACGACAAGGGCAUCCACCAGAGAAAGGUCAAGAAGUCCUUGAUUGACAUGUACUCGGAAGUGCUGGACAUUCUAUCUGACUACGACUCCAACUACAACACCCAGGAUCAGCUGCCGAGGGUGGUGGUGGUUGGGGACCAGAGUGCAGGGAAGACCAGCGUUUUGGAAAUGAUCGCCCAGGCCAGGAUAUUCCCCCGGGGGUCAGGGGAGAUGAUGACCAGGUCUCCUGUGAAGGUGACCCUAAGUGAAGGACCUCAUCAUGUAGCCAUGUUCAAGGACAGCACCCGCGAGUUUGACCUGGCCAAAGAUGAUGACCUGGCGGCCUUGCGCAACGAGAUCGAGAUCAGAAUGCGCAAGAGCGUGAGGGACGGACAGACUGUUAGCCCCGAGACCAUCUCUCUGACUGUGAAAGGCCCAGGGAUCCAAAGAAUGGUGCUGGUGGACCUUCCAGGUGUCAUCAGUACGGUUACUGCCGGAAUGGCCGCUGACACAAAGGAGACCAUCUUCAGUAUCAGCAGGGCCUACAUGCAGAACCCCAACGCCAUCAUCCUCUGCAUUCAGGACGGUUCAGUGGACGCCGAGCGCAGCAUAGUCACAGACCUGGUCAGCCAGAUGGAUCCCCAGGGGAAGAGGACCAUCUUCGUCCUGACCAAAGUGGACCUGGCCGAGAAGAACCUGGCCAGCCCCAGCAGGAUUCAACAGAUAGUUGAAGGAAAACUUUUUCCCAUGAAGGCUUUGGGCUACUUUGCCGUGGUGACUGGGAAAGGAAGUAGCAGCGAGAGCAUUGACGCAAUCAAGGAUUAUGAAGAAGAUUUUUUCGAGAAUUCUGCGUUGCUGAAGAAAGGCAUGCUGAAGCCACACCAGGUGACCACUAAGAACCUGAGCCUGGCCGUGUCUGACUGUUUCUGGAACAUGGUCAGCGAGUCCGUGGAGCAGCAGGCUGACGCGUUUAAAGCGUCUCGUUUCAACUUGGAGACCGAGUGGAAGAACAACUACCCCCGCCUGAGGGAGCUGGACAGGAAUGAACUCUUCGAAAAAGCCAAGAAUGAAAUCUUAGAUGAAGUCAUCACCCUCAGUCAAGUGACCCCGAAGCACUGGGAGGACAUCCUGCAGAAGAAGCUGUGGGAAAGGAUGAAUACGCACGUCAUAGAGAACAUCUACCUGCCUGCCGCACAGACCCUGGACUCUGGGACCUUCAACACCACCGUGGACAUCAAGCUCAAGCAGUGGACGGACAAGCAGCUGCCACGAAAAGCGCUGAAGGUGGCCUGGGAGGCUCUCCAGGAGGAGCUAGCGGGCUACAUGUCCGAGAGCAAGGGGAAGGACCGCGACGACAUCUUCGACAAGCUCAAGGAGGCCGUGAAGGAUGAGAGCAUCCAGAGACACAAGUGGAACGAGCAAGCGGAGGAGAGCCUGAGGGUGAUUCAGCACAACGCCCUGGAGGACCGCUCCAUCGCAGACAAGGCCCAGUGGGACGGCGCCAUCCGCUUCAUGGAGGAAACUCUCGCGGCUCGCCUGAAAGACACGGAGCAGGUCAUCGAGGACAUGGUGGGACCCGGCUGGAAGCAGAGGUGGAUGUACUGGAAGAGUCGCAGUCCAGAACAGCACGUCCGCAACGAGACGAAGAAGGAGCUGGAGCGCAUGCUGAAGCUGAACGAGGACCAUGCCGCCUACCUGGCCAACGACGAGGUCACCACCGUGCGCAAGAAUCUGGAGGCUCGCAGGGUGGAAGUGGACCCCAACCUGAUAAAGGACACCUGGCACCAGCUGUACCGACGCCAUUUCCUCCAGAGGGCGCUGUCUCACUGCAACGUAUGCCGGAGGGGCUUCCACUACUACCAGAGGGGCUAUCAGGACUCAGAGCUGAACUGCGAUGACGUCGUGCUGUUCUGGCGCAUUCAGAGAACGCUGGGAAUCACAGCCAACACCCUGAGGCAGCAGCUCACCAACGCCGAAGUGCGCCGCUUGGAGAAAAAUGUCAAGGAGGUUCUGGAGGACUUUGCAGAGGAACCAGAGAAGAAGAGCCAACUGAUCACUGGGAGGAGGGUGCAGCUGGCCGAGGAGCUCAAAAAAGUCAGAGAAAUUCAAGAGAAAUUGGAUGCUUUCAUAGAAGCCCUUCAUAAGGACAAGUAAUCAAGCAGGACACAGGAUGUGAGCUGCGGUUCACCGAAAGAUCGCCCGCCAAAAAAUAGAGCAACCCUCACCCCCCUGUAAAUUACUGCCUGGCUUGUUCUUUUUUUUGUGUCUGAUUUGAACGGUGCCUGCCUUGGCUUAUCACACUGCAACCAACAGUUUUUAACACGGAGUGUGUCGAAGCUCGCCGUGUCUCCACCAAGGACUUUAAUGCUGGACGGAGAUUCACUGAACUUUGCAGCACGGUUUACCACCGACGGGGAAGAUUUCACUCUCCCGUCCGAUCACAGUUAUUGCUUUGUAUGUGCAGGAAGGGCUCCCAGGACAUGACUCCAGCCCAUGUACUGCGACCUGAAUGGGGAGAGAAGGAGAUGCACUUAGUGGCACUCAUCCGGUUCCUAUAACAAGAUGAUGGAGAAUUCCACUUCCUGUACGGAGCUUGCUACUGCUUACCAAACCUCUACAGUUAGACUGGGGUGAAGUGAUUGAUGGGAUGGGAUGGGUGGGGGAGGGGCUCUUGAGAUUGCGGCGAGUCUGUGAAGGGGCUCUUGGACUCAAGUCUCCUCUGUCCUCCCCCUGAAACAUUACACGCAUCCAGAUGUAAAUUUGGCUCAAUGAAGAGGCCAGGGUUUCUGACACCGCUUCUGCCAGUGCGAUCGCCACGCUGGCCCUUGUAUAAGAUGGCUUAGUAUAACUAUGAGCCGGAUCACUAUUCCUGCUCUGUUUAUGUGUCUUGUUUUGUGUGUCUUGUGUCAUGAGUGUAGAAAUAGUACAGUUGCACUUAAAGCAGUACGCGGGGAAUGAAGGGGGCAUUCAGCAGUAGAGCAGGGAAUCUAUCUUAAGGCGUUUCACAGCACACUGCCAUUUUGUUUUACUGAAAUGUUUUUUUUGUUUUUUUUUUAGGUUAGCAGGAGGUACACGUUUGCGUGUGGCCUUGUUUUUCCAGCUUAACAGUUCGGUGUGAGAGGAGCGGUGUGUUUGCACUACAGCUGUUAUAUUGAGCGGUACUGUUCCCAGCGAGUGUGUUUGGUCGGGUGACAUCCCCAAAGGGCCUUAUGUUGUGUUUGCUCUCAUGGCCAUUAAUGGCUGCCGGUCAGGACACUUCACCGUGGACCAGGUUCACUAAGCACUCAGGAUGGAGUUCCCCAGCAGUGGUGUAUGGUAUGUUAUGGUAUGGUAGUGUACAGUCUGGUAGUUUGCAAUAUGGUGUCUGUUUUAUAGCAGGUUUAUAGCAGGUUAUAGCAGGUUUAACACAGUGCGUCAGCCUUACAUAGCUCAGGAGUGUACUCAGAGCAAUUGGGAGGUAAGCCUCAGGAAGACAGAACUCGGUCACUAAGCACUUCACGUUGGCCAGGGAGGUACACUUUCACCUGGGAGCUGUACACUGAAACACACUUCUUUUUUGGAGCCUGAGCUUUAAACAGGCCAAUUUCCUCAAACUGGCUAAAGUUUGAGCUUUUCAGCUCCUCUAUACCUUCUACCUGGAGUGUAAGAGGCCCGGAUCACUACACAGGGCUUCAGACCUGCUCUAAAAGAAGAGAAGAGGACGCUGCAGAAAUCCCAAACCUGGGAAUGCCAUGCCAGAUUCACAUGCUCUGUAGAUGGAAAAUGAAAAAAACAAAUCAUAAUUUUCAUUGCUUUUUGGGAGGGGUAUCUGAGUGCAGUUCUUACAAUCGUAUUGGUGUAAAUAAACACUUUUCUGUUGUAGGGUUUAUGUGCUUUAUGAAAGUUGUGACUUUGCAUGAUGUGCCACAUCAUAUGUUAAAUAUUUAUUACAUUUGAGCUUAAGAACAAAAAAGCACUGGAUGUAAUUAAAGUGUAAUUUUCAAAGCAA